AUGAGUACCAAACGGCGCGUGGCAGCUGCGGCUUCGCCUGAACCGAGGACCCGCGGGAAGCGCCGCAAAGUGUCUGAUGAUGGCCUCGUGGACGAUGAAGAAGCCAAUCUUGUGUCAUCUCAUCCAGUGGAUGAGGAUGAAGCUGGUGGCAGCUCGGUCUCCCAAGAUGAGGAAGAGGUCGAAGUCAACUUUGAGGGCGACAGCCUUCAGGCAGCGCAAGACAAGAUCAUGUCGGACUUAACCCGGUUGAGAGAUGCGGAUGGCGAAGAAGUGGCCUAUCCAUUUAUCGGCAAGCCCGAUCGCAAUCUCUACCGAGACUACUAUGAAAUCAUUCACCACCCAGUGUCCUUGCGGAGUAUUCAGAAGAAAGUUCGUGGCACCGAUAGCCGCAAGAAGCCCUCGAAAGUGACCGCGUACCCUACAUGGCAAUCUUUUGAAGAAGAAGUCAGCUAUAUCUGGCGGAAUGCGAGAGAAUACAACGAAGACGGAAGCGAGAUCUCGGUUCUCGCUGGCGUUCUGGAGGAACAUUUCAAACGACGGGUCGCAGAAGCAAAAAAGCUCGUUCCAGAUACUAUUCAGGUAGACGGCCGCCAAGGAACCGAAACGCCUCGAAUCAAAUUAAAAAUGGGGGCGAAGAAUCUGGAGCCGGCGGCAUCCAAGUUAACACUGAAGAUGCGUGAGCAGACCGUCGAGACGCCUUCGAAGGAUGACGGCCCGCCGUCCGGUGUCACAGUUGAUAAUGAAUCAUUGAAACGACAACAAGACCUUGUCAGGGUCGGUUCGGCAAGUCAAGACGUUGACACGCCUCAAAUAUCUCCUCGAGCGAGGUCACUUCGACGACAUUUGGUAAGUCCUAAAUCCAGCGCUGCGACGACUCCAUCUGCCUCAGAGCAAUUACACAAUGUGCCCGUUCAUAUACGGGAUCCGACUGGCCCAAUAGAGGACGAGAAUUCGAUCGCACACUCCAAGCAUGCCGAAACACGUUCUUCCCAAGGCCUUCACAGCUCCCCCUUAGACUCGACUAGCGGAUUUCACUCCAACGACGCACCCUUUCAGCAAGCCCAUGAGCCAUCACCAUUAGAUUCUCUCUGGAGGCGACCAGGCCAAAAUGCUCAUUCAGCUUUGAUUCGCAACGUUCAAAUCAUCACUCAUCCCUCGUUGUCUUUGGAACGCGAUCUGCGUCUGGACAUACCCCCGUCUGCUACCUUUUCCCAGCAGACCGUCACUGUCAGCCUUCCCUCGUGGUGCCACUUGAUGAGAGUUAGGCCCACAGUGGCGGUGGGGACAGCCCAGCGGCAGGUCAAGAUUGUGGCCUUAAUGGACAUGCAACGUUUACACCCGUCUGGUGAAGCAUCUGCGCUGGCGUAUGAUAUUCAACUCUACCCGGGCACAACCAAGGUUGAUCUAGAAGCAAUUUCAGGACCGGCUCGGGGGGUUCCCAAAUCUGGGCCUCCAGGUUCUGAUGUGGACUACGAGCGAGUGACCAUUUUUUUCAAUCUGUUGAGGUGA